UCUUGGUCAGCCCCCAGAGCUUCGCUGCUGAAGUCGACCGAGCCAAGCCCGAAGAUGAAACUAGGGUUUCGAUGAGCUACGACGCCUGCGAAUGGGAUUGAUACUCGAUUGCGUUGGAACCUUUUCCGACGUUCAAGUUAUCUAUCAAUAUUGGUUUUUCUACAAAUGGAAUCGAGAGGCUAAUACGAACAGUAGGCACACUAUCAUCUUGAUGCAAACCUCUCCCAGUAGAGCGACGAGGACAUUUAUGGACUACGAGUCCAUUAGCCAAGCUAUGGAUGGCAUCUGUGGUUUGUAUGAAAGAAAGCUCAAGGAAAUAAACCCAGCCCUGAGAAAUAUCACCUAUGACAUUGCAGAUCUGUACAAUUUUAUUGACGGUCUGGCUGACAUGAGUGCCUUGGUCUAUGAUCACUCGCGCCAAGCGUAUCUGCCUUACGACAGGCAGUGGAUCAAGCAGAAGACGUUUCACCAUCUCAAGAGACUUGCAAAUGGACCUCGUUAGACACAAUCAAAUGGCCAAUUCUCUCUGUUGGAAUUGGAAACCACCAAUAUAUAUAUAUUGUAAGUGAGAACAUGUCAUGUCUGGUUAGAGUUUUAUUCAAAGUUAAAAACUUUGUUGAGCUCUUGUUAAUUUUCCUAUGUAACAGAGAAAAAUCAUGACAGCAAACCUGUGUGUAAUGUAUUGUCGUCGUGGGAGGUGUUAACUAUGGUGCUUUUUUAACGUUGAUUACAUCAUGCCCUUAUAACAGAAGAGGGUCCAAGUGUAAAGGAGAAAAAAGAACAGGGUUUUGCUAUCUGCUAUCAAGGGAAUGAAUGAGAGAAGCCAAUUCUAUUC